AUGCCCCGGUGUAUCGAAUGCAGCGCUUUUGUUCAGAGAAUUGUUCAUCCAGAGACGGAAAUGGUCGAGAAGUGCGUGUCGUGCGGUAGAUGCUGCGACAAGUACUAUGAAUUCGCUGAUGUUCAAAAGUGGAUUGAUGUUGUUUUGUUGGAAAGACGUGCCUGGAUGCAUGUGUUGUUUAAUCAGAGAGGGAUUUUUUCAUCGUUGUUUCUUGCGUCACUUGUUUGCUGCCUGAUUGAGGCCUACGUUGUGCGAACUACAUCGGUCUAUGCCGACAUACGGAACAGGAAAAUUCUUUUUCCAGCAACGCCAGGCAGCAACUUGAGUGGGGAAGAUAGUUUGCAGCUUGUGAGAAAUCUCCGUUCAGAUAUGCUGCCACUGAUGAUGUACGCUGACACGUGGCCGACGCUGUUCCUGUACGCCUCUAUGGAGUACUUUCUCUGUUUGAUUGCUGCCGUUUGGAUCGGCGUUCAGUCACAGCGCGGCGAUGCCUCUGGGCAGGAUGAUGCGAUGACCACGUGGGCAACAUCUGUGAGCCUUGCCUACACAGCGAAGGUCGGCUACCUCGUUUUCCUGGUGUGGCGCAUCCCCAUUCCGCUGGUUGUUGUGGUGGAUUUUCUCUUUCUUCUUUGGAUGGUGCGGGGCUUCAGCAUCACGGCCAGCAGUCAUCCCAGCCGGUUCCUGGCCAUUGCCGCAUUGGUUGUUUCUGUGCUCUCGCGGGUUCUUUUCCGUCACCUCACAGCAUGGAGCCCACAAGUCAUAUUUUGA